AUGCAGGCUGCUGUGCAGCGCAGAUCGGCCGCAAAAGGCUGCGUUACGAGGGCGAUCAAAAACCUCGAAAGAGCUCUGAAAGAACUCAAAGACAUUGGGCCAGGCGGCGCUGUCGAUGACGCGAUCUUCGAGGAGGGCCUUUCAGAGUUAGAUUUACGGUUGGCUUCGUUCAGGAAGGCACAGAGCGACGUUGAAGCUCAUUGUCCGAAUGAGGAAGAACUGUUAAAUUGUAUCGACGAAGCUGGUACAUUUUUGGAUAGGAUCAGUGUGAUCCGAAUUGAGACUCUCCGUGUCAGGAAAGGUGUCCAGACAGGCAGUGCUGUUGGCGCUGUCAGCAAGACUGACGUGGAGGAUGACUGGGACUCACGAAGUCAUGAUUCCGAUAACAGCCACAAUGCAUCAAAGCUUGUGAGGUUGCCUAAGAUUGAACUGCCCAAAUUCAAGGGCGACGUUACACAAUGGCAGUCCUUCUGGGACAAGUUUAACGCCUUGGUUGACAAGACGGACAUUCCUGUAAUCAGUAAGUUUACGUAUUUGGAUUCGCUUUUGGAAGGCGAGGCCAAGGCGGCCAUCGCUGGACUUUCAAUCACAAAUUCACAUUACGACGAUGCCCGCCAAAUACUGGAAGACAGGUACGGGAGACGGGAAAAAAUCGCGUUUGCCCACAUUCAGGGACUGUUACGAAUGAGCACUAGGCCAAACGCUGGGACCAAGUGUCGUGCGGGCCAAUUAUCAAAAUUGUACGACGAAGUGCAGGCCCAUGUCCGCAGUUUGGAGGCUUUGGACAUUACUGGCGAACAGUAUGGGGUGUUUUUGACACCAGUAGUACUCUCUUGCCUCCCAAGCGAGGUACGCUUGGAGUGGGCAAGAGAUGGAGAAGGUCAUGAAGAUGAUCUUGACUUUCUUUUGGACUUUCUGAAAACCGAUAUACGCCGGAGGGACACUGCAGAUUCCUUUAAGGAAAUUGGAAAGUCAAACACCGAGGAGAAAACGUUUGAAGCUCCUGUAGCAACGAUCGCCGCUUUGCAGUUGUCCAGCAAGAACGGGUGCGGACAUUGUAAAAAACCAUCGCAUCCAGCGCACAAGUGCUGGGAAAUAACGAGAUGUGGUUCUGUUUCUGAGCGAAAGGAGAAAGUACGCAAUUCGAAACUUUGCUUCAAAUGCUUGGGGAGUCACUUCGCCCGUCAGUGUAACGAAAAAUGUUCAAAAUGUGGAGCUGGACACCACCAUCUGCUGUGUGAAAAACAAGGAUCGAGGAAUUCAACUUCAAGGCCGAGGAAUGCUGCCACUACCGAACGCUCUUCUGGCGCUGAAAAUGGAACUUCUAACGUUGGCAAUGUGUCACAAUCUGCGCGCGCUGAUAAUGUGUCAGGUUCAUUCGUGUCGAAUUCUAGCGCCAAUAAUGUGCACGGUCAAUUUGUGUCAAAUUCUAGUUUGUCAAAUUCAACAGGAGAUUUGCGCACGAUUCUUCCAUUGGCAACUGUGCGGGUUCGUGGCAGCCAAGGGUAUACUGAUGCCACCCUACUGUUUGACAGCGGGUCAGAUCGUUCGUAUGUCUCCAGUUCGCUGGUGAAACGAGUUAAGCCAGAAUGGGUAUCGUCAGAGCCGAUCUGUUUUGCGGCUUUUGGGGGUGGGACUUCGGCCAAGGGUCAACUGCAUAACGUCUACAAUCUAGAGUUGUCCAAUGCUGCAAAAGGUGCAGUACAUGUUGAAACCAUAAAUGCUGUGGAGGUCCCCUUGAUUUGUACCCCAUUACAAAGGCCCCAGGUUCCUCAAAGCGUGUUAAAUUCAUUUGGUGAGGGUGUCGAGUUUCAUGGUGUUGAGGCAGGGCAACGAUCCAUUGAUAUUCUAAUAGGGAUUGACACCUAUUGGGAUUUCAUGAAACCUGGCCUCAAAAGACACCCAGAGGGUCCGGUGGCUCAAGAAACCAUCUUUGGGUGGGUUUUAUCUGGUUGCUUAAAAAACCCUAAAGUACCCAAGUCAUUGACCCCAAACUCGCGUAACCUUUCUCAUCAGCUUCUUUGUUUAGAUUCUCAUUCUCAAGGUGUCACAGACCAGACGGUGAGAAGUUUUUGGGAGCUGGAAUCCAUUAGGAUAAUGAAGAAGGAGACCGUGCCUCCGGAUCCGGUACAUGUAAGGUUUAAAGAAUCUAUAAGGUUUGUACGGGGUAGGUACGAAGUAGCUCUUCCAUGGAGGAGUGAUUUUAGGCCGGGCGUGCUGCUAAACAACGAGAUGUUGGCUAGGAAGCGCCUAGCCUAUUUGUCGCGUAGACUAGGCAGGGAUCAUAACCUCCAGGACCAGUAUGAUGCUGUCUUUCAUAACUAUGAAAACCUUGGCAUCAUUGAGGAAGUAAAAGAGGAGGAAGGCAGUGGUCCAGUAUUCUACUUACCACACCGUCCUGUAGUCAGGGAGACUAGCCUGAGCUCAAAGGUUAGGCCCGUAUUUGAUGCCUCAGCAACAGGAUACAACCAGGUAUCACCCAACGACUGCAUGGAAACUGGGCCAUCACUGAUGCCCAGUCUUAUAGAAAUUUUGAUUAGAUUCCGUAGGUGGCAGGUGGCGCUUACUGCUGAUGUUUCUAAAGCCUUCCUGCAGAUUGGUGUUCGGGAGCAGGACCAGUCAGUGCAUAGAUUCCUGUGGGAUUGUAAUGGCACUGUUCGGACGAUGAAGUUUCUACGGGUACCCUUUGGUAACAAAAGCAGUCCCUUCUUGCUCAACGCUACCAUAAAACACCAUCUAGCUACUUACCCUCUUUCUUUGGCUAGAGAAGAGUUGGAGGAGAAUCUCUUUGUUGAUGAUUGGCUCACUGGAGCAGACACAGAUGAUGACAGCUGUGAUCUGUUUGAUAAUGGAUCCCAGAUAUUUGACAAGGCCGGAAUGACAUUGGCAAAAUGUCAUUCUAACAGUCGAGUUUUGGUCGAUAAGUUCAGCCAAGACCUUGGAUCAAAGCACCUACAGGAUGACUCAGUCAAGGUGUUAGGCAUGAAAUGGUUUGCCUUAGAGGAUUGUUUCUCAUUUGAUGGAGUAGAGACGCCCUCUAUUUCUGAGUUGUUUUGUUCAAAGCGUACAGUUCUCAGUUUCACUUCCAGACUUUUCGACCCGCUGGGAUUCCUUAGCCCCUUCGUGAUGCUUGCCAAAAUCCUGUUCCAAGAGGUUUGGACUCUCGGGUUAGGUUGGGAUGAGGCCCUUCCUGAUGAAAUGCGUGAUAGGUUUGUAUCAUGGGUAAGUGGUAUUGUGACACUGCAGAGUUGGAGAAUUCCACGUUGUUUCUUCCCUGGCACAACUUGGAAGGAAAGUGUAAACAAACUGGAGUUACACGUGUUCAGUGACGCCUCAAUGAAGGCCUAUGGGGCCAAUGUCUAUGUGAGACUCCCAGAUGGACAUGGUGGUUACAAGGUGUCUCUGGUUACUUCAAAGGGUAAAGUAUCCCCAUUGAAAAAGGUCACCCUGCCUAGACUAGAAUUGUUAGGCGCUCUCUUGGCUGCAAGGCUGUUGAACUUUGUUGCUAAAGCAUUAAAGUUAGAUCUUCAGAAGACAGUGUACUACUGUUGGUCAGAUUCUACCAUUGUUCUUGCCUGGAUAAGGACUAAUGCAUCCAAGUUUAAGGCCUUCGUGGGGAAUCGGGUCUCUGAAAUACAAGAGCUUACAGACCCCUCUCAUUGGUCUCACGUCGAAAGCGCAGAUAAUCCUGCAGAUUUGGUCUCUCGGGGAUUGUUAGCCAAGGAUUUGAUAACUAGCAAGUUAUGGCUGGAGGGUCCUUCUUGGCUCUCCAAGGAUCUUGUUCUUUCAGAUGACAAAGUGAAGCAUCCAUUGGAGGCUGGUAUACCAGAAGAAAUGGUAUCGACCUGUUUGGUAGUUGGAUCCUCUCCUCCAGAUUUUGCCAUUCCUGUUGAGAGAUGGAGUUCAUUCGAGAAGACACUGCGUAUCACAGGUUAUGUCCUCAGGUUUAUUGAAAAUCUGAGAUUGCAUACAGUAGGUCAAUCCAAGGUGGGUCCUCUCUCUGUGGAUGAAUUGACUGUGGCCAAGGACAAGUUGUUUCAAUGUUUGCAACAGCAUACUUAUGCUCCUGAGUUUGCAGCUUUGGAAAAGGGAGGAUGUAUUCCAAAGUCCUCAAGCAUUGCUCAGUUGUCCCCUUUCUUGAGUGAGGAUGGUUAUCUCAGGAUCCAAGGGAGGCUUCAGUUGUCGAGUCUGUCGUAUCUGGAGAAGCAUCCUAUCAUAUUGCCCACCCAUCAUCUUACCAAGAUUAUGGUUAGGGGUAGACAUGUCUUCCUAAAACAUGCUGGGGUAGGCUCUCUCUUAUCCAAUGUCAGGACUUGUUAUUGGAUUGUUGGGGCCCGAAGAUUGGUAAAAGAGGUCAAAAGGGAAUGUGUCCCUUGUCAGCGAUUUGAUGCAGCAGCGUGUAACCGUCCUGUUGCUCCCCUACCAGCCCUCCGAGUCAAGGAGGCACCUCCAUUUACUGUCACAGGUUUGGAUUAUUUUGGGCCUCUCUACUGUAGUGAUCAGCCUGGGAAGAAAAAGUAUGUUCUUCUCUGUACUUGUGCAGUAGUGAGAGCAUUGCAUUUGGAGCUCACCGACUCAAUGUCGCUACAAGAUUUCUUGCUAGCCAUUCGCAAGUUUGCUGCGAGGCGUGGAUUGCCAUCUGUUAUAUUCUCAGAUAACGCGAAAACUUUCCUGGCUGCUAAGUACAAGCUACGGGAGGUCUACGUCAUCUCUGUCCCAAAUGGAGAUUCAUUGUUGCCCGCUCCCCCUGGUGGGGGGGGGGUUGGUGGGAACGCCUUGUACGCUCUGUAA